UGGAUUUCCUAGCAGCUCGUUCUGCUUGUUGGUUACGUUGUAUCAAUCUCCAGUAUCGGAUGGUACUAACAACCAGCAAGAUACAGAUACAUCGAAAGCAGAGGAAUUAACCCGGGGAGGAAAUCUGUUCAAUGUUGGAUUUACUGUACAGGGGACCAAAGGGAAAUAUUAAAUCCUUGAAUGGUUUGAGAUUUAACCUAAAAAUGACCGCCCGAGCCGGUAUUUUCGAUUUGGAACGGGAUCUCAAAGUGUGAUGGCAGCAGUCCAGUGAAUUGCUGGCCUCUCCUUUUCCUUGCCGUUGGAUUUCUUGGGGAGUGCAUUGGUCUGUGGUUAUUUUGACAGAUUUUGUUGUCAUUCUCGUCAAUUACUUUUACUCUUUCUAUCUAUGGAGUGUACGUAAUCCGUCGUUGUACUGGGGUUUGCAAACGGGGGCAAAAUGUGGGUAAAUAGGAAGGGGAUACCUAGACCCUAAGGAUUCUCUCAACCCAGUCCCCCAGCAGUCAGAGAAGGUGGCGGACCUCAUUGAGGCAAACCUGGGCCGUUGGCACUAAAAUGUCCUUAAGUAGUGGCACUGCAGGCGGGAAAGGUGUGGACUCGAAUGCGGUGGACACUUACGACAGCGGUGAUGAGUGGGACAUCGGUGUAGGAAAUCUGAUUAUUGACCUAGACGCUGACUUAGAAAAGGACAAACUUGAGAUGUCUGGAACCAAGGACGGCGGGGGUAUGACGGCUCCGUCCAGUGCUGUUGCAGCUUUGCCUGACAACAUCCGAUUUGUUAGUCCUGUACCUGGCCCUCAAGGCAAGGAGAGUAAAUCUAAAUCCAAACGCAGCAAAAACUCAAAAGACAAUAGUAGCAAGGUCUCAGCUGGAGAUGGGGCCAAGAAAGAAGGGCAGACGCGAACCCAAGGGGAACCAACCAACACUGGUGCUACUGCAGGAGCCACUAGCAACAAUUCCACUACUGGCAAAGGAAUGGAGAAGGGUGGCAAAGUCUCUCGGAGCAGUGGUAAAAAAGACAAGGAAGGGGCAAGUGGGAAAAGUAAGAAGGAGAAAAGCGAGGGAGUGCCAGUGGUAGUAAUAGCUGCCACUGAAAAGGAGGUGGUUUCUCAAGUAGCUUUGGGGGUUAACCGUAGUGCCCCCUUUGAGAACACACAAUCUACAGACUUGGUAGGGGACGAUCAGCUGGGAAAUAUUGCACUUGAGCCUGUUGGGAUAGUUCCAGCAUUGACAAUUAAAACUGAACCGCAGGAGCUGGACAAUAUAGAAUGCAGAACAUUAAAGAAAGUGAAAAAUGAAAAGAUGGAAUCUCCUGUCUCCACACCGGCCCCUCCCCCCCUCCACAUCCUGGCCGCCGUGGGCGACAACAUCGCGUCACCGUGCGAGCAGAUAAUGGUGCGCACGCGCUCGGUGGCGUCCAACACAUCAGACGCGUCCCUGGCCACGGAGCCCGAUUGCCUUGGUCCCUGCGAGCCCGGGACUAGCGUCAACCUGGAGGGCAUUGUGUGGCAAGAGACCGAAGACGGCAUGCUGGUGGUGAAUGUGACCUGGAGGAACAAGAGCUACGUCGGUACCCUGUUGGACUGUACUCGACACGAUUGGGCGCCUCCCAGGUUCUGUGAGUCUCCCACCAGUGACUUGGAGAUGAGGAAUGGCCGGGGCCGGGGCAAGAGGAUGAGGCCCAACAGCAACACACCCGUCAACGAGAACAGCAACUCGUCGGACAACAAGGGCAGCGGCACCAGCAAGACACGCGCCGCCAACAACAACAGUAAGGGCCGGCGGGGCAGCCAGACGUCGUCGGAGCGCCGCACGCCACCCAACAGCAACACAGAGGACGUCAAGGCCAGCCCCUCAUCGGCCAGCAAGCGCAAGUCCAAACCUGCCUCAGACAUGGAGCCCAACUCCAGCUCUGAGGACACCAAAGGCAACAAGCGCAUGCGCACCAACUCCAACAGCGGCGGAGGAGGGGCGCCUCCCCCUGUCCUUCCCCCCAUCCCCUCAAUUAAAACUGAGCCCCAGCCUCCGACGCUCGACCGCAACUGCCCCUCGCCGGUCCUCAUCGACUGCCCACACCCCGGGUGCAACAAGAAGUACAAGCACAUCAACGGCCUCAAGUACCACCAGGCACGCGCACACAACGACGACGACGACAUCAAGCUGGACCUGGAUGGAGACAGUGAGUACGGGGAGGACUCCACGCUUCAUCCUGAGCCGGGGAACUGCAACGGGGCCUCCAGUUCUCACAAAGGCUGCCUGUCUCCCGCACGGUCCGUCACCCCAAAAGGAAGGGGCUUUGACUGCCAGAGUCCGUCUCCUUCCCCUGGCAAGUUUGGUUCCAAACAGAGUAAAAAGAAAGGUGGUGACGCUGACCCUGAAGCAAGCGGCAUGCCGAUAGAAGGCUGUGACGACGGGCCCUGUCUCACCGACGAGGCCAGCAACGACGGCAUGGAAAAGUCCAAGUCCCACAAAAAGUCCAAGACCGACAAACUUUCUCAGAAGAACAUGAAGUCAUCGUCCCGGCCUGUACCACCAGGGAGCGUAGCUUCCCAGCAGCUCUACUCCCUACAGGCCGCCUCUUUCCCUGCAGGGGGGAACCCCAAUGCCUCCCUAGGGAUCCCCCCUAUGAUACAGGGCAUCCCCAAAAGCCCCCAGAUGAAGUGCGUCCAGCCCACCAAACCUCCCGCCGCGACGGGAGACCCUCCCGCGCUGAACCCUGCUUCCGGUGCCUCAAAAGAGAAGAAGAAGAAGGAGAAGAAGAAGAGAGACAGCAGGAAGGAGGCAGACAGCCCCAAGCCUCCGGGUAAAGGGGGGAAACCAGAAGAGGGCAAGAGCCCCUACGCUGAGUCCUCAGAGCCAGGAAAAGGUGAAGGGCUCCUUAACGGCUCCUCUGACCCUCACCAGAGCCGUCUUGCCAGCAUCAAGGCAGAGGCGGAUAAGAUCUACAGCUUCACCGACAACGCCCCCAGUCUGUCCAUAGGGGUGGCCAGCCGGAUAGAGGGCACGGGAAUGCCUCAGCCCCUCACGCCUCUCCACGUGGUCACCCAGAAUGGUGGCGGAGCCGACAACUCCUCGGUCAAGACCAACAGCCCGGCGUACUCGGACAUCUCGGACGCAGGGGAGGACGGCGAGGGCAGACUUGUGGAAGGGGUUAAGGUCAAGGUGGAGGACCAAGGCAUCAGAGAAGGAGCCAAGAAAGCCUUGUUCCCCAGCCAGACGCCCAACAAGGAGUCUCCGUACUAUGCCGGCUAUGAGGCCUACUACUCGCCCAACUACACCUGCCCCAGCCCCGGUGCCACCAACCCGGGCAUGCCGCACACCGAAAGUCCGGCGGUGAAAGUGAAGCGUGAGGACGAACAGGAGAAUGUGGAAGACAAGGUCAAAGUGGAGCCUCACGAAGAUCGCAAACCCGAGAUGAACGCCUCCAGUCAACAACAACAACAACAUCAUCAUCAACAGCAGCAGCAGCAGCAGCACUCAGUCAUCCAACAGCGCUCCAACAUGUACAUGCAGCCUCUCUAUUACAACCAGUACUCCUACGUUCCCCCGUACGCCUACCACCCGGACCAGGCCUACCACAACCACCUGCUCAACACCAACCCGGCCUACCGGCACCAGUACGAGGAGCGCCAGCGCCAGGUGAUCUCUGAGCAGCACCGGGCGGCAGUGGCAGAGAAGAAGAGCUCUGACGCGGCGGCCAUGAAGGAACGCGAGGCCUCCAUGAAGGAGGAGUGGAAGCAGAAGGCCUUGGGGCCGCCCACUCUCUCCAAGGCCCCUGGCAAGACAGACAGCCUGGCCAACAAGACCCAACAGAACCAGGGUAAGACCAGAGACUCUCCAUCGGAGACCUCCAAGGCCUCCGCCACAGGCCUGAAAGGAGAGGUAUCUAAGUCCCAGCAGGCCGAAGGACUGAAGAUUAAGCUGAGUGAAGGGGGGCACCAUGGGAAGGAGGACUCCAAGCCAAGCCUGGACUCCAGAGCGGGGAUAGAGCAAGCCAUGUGGUACAGACAGCAGACCCAGAUGGAGGACGAGCAGCAACAACCACCACCACCGCGGUGGAAAGACGAGCGAGACCGAGAGCGAGAGAGAGACCGCGACCGCAAAGGGAAGGACGACAGGCCCAACAGGCCCAAGGAGAGUGGCGGUCCCAAAGAGGAGGAUGGCGCUGGUCCGAAAGAGGGCCCAGACCCCAGAACGUCUUCUGCUGAGGACCAACGGGCCAUGGGCAAAGACCCUCGCGCCAAUGCCCACAUGCAGUUCUCCUCAGCCCUGGCGCAGCAUCAGGGCUACAUGCCCUAUAUGCAUGGUUACCCUUAUGGGCAGGGCUAUGACCCCAGCCACCCCGGGUACAGAGGCAUGCCCACGGUCAUGAUGCAGAAUUACCCAGGUUCCCCCUACCUGCCCGCGGGCUACCCGUUCUCCCCUUACGGCGGCAAGAUGGCCGGCGGUGAGGAGGAGGCGAGGGGAGGUGACAAGUCGCGCGCCAGCCCCACGGUGAGCGGCAAGGCAGCUUCGGUGGACUCCAAGGCCCUGGACAUCCUUCAGCAGCACGCCAGCCAGUACAAGAGCAAGUCCCCCACGGUGGGCGACAAGCCGUCCCAUGAGAGGGACAGGGGAGAGAGGAGCGGCGGGGAGAGGGACAUGGAGCGGCCACGCUCCUCGCCCUCCCAGCGCAUCAUGCCCUCCCAUCACCACCUGGGAUACCCGCUGCUCUCGGGCCAGUAUGAUCUGUCCUACACUACAGGUCUCUCGUCAUCAGCUAUUGUUGCCAGUCAGCAAGCCGCAGCUCCCUCCCUCUACCCCCCGGCGCGGAGAUGAAAACGGGAGCCGACACCUCGCCACCCUGCAAAGAUUCAUGUGACUGGCUCACAUGAGGAAGCCCUGGGCUCGGAGUCCAUUUUAGACAUCAGUUGAAUGGUGUUUCUAUAUUUUUAGUUCUCUGUCUGAAUGUCCGGCAGAUUCUUUUUCUUCUCCUAGCAGCAUCUUUUUCCCUCGUUUCCCUCCUGCCCCACCGUGGACUAGGACUGACCUCACCCAAGGUUCAAAGCCAUCACUGUCUGCCCAUGUGCACACCUCCGCUGAUAUCUAUUGGUCUUUGCACUGUUGAUGAACGAACACAUGCAAAAAUAGACCAACUGUGACUGCCUGAAAAGCUGAAAAGGGUUUCUGACUGCAUAGUCUUUUUUUAGUCCCGUGCAGAACGGGGCUGGGGGGUGAUGGGGAGGGGUCAAACUAAAAUAAAGACUGACAAAACUAAACAAGUGAAUCAUGUUGAAAUGUUUGAACUUGCUGUUGGCCUGUUGUACGCAGUGUGCCAGUAUAUCCUGACAAUUGUCAUUAGUAGGUUUACUGUGUGUGGUGAGAGGACGCUCGAGGAGAGAGGCUCAACCUCCUCAGACUUCUAUAGGUGUUGAAGGGUUUGUUUUCUCGUCCCUCAACCAGCCAUUUGCUCGCUAAACACCUCUUGGUUCACUUUUCAGGGAUAGACAUAAUUAUUGUGUGAAGGGAACACAUUCACCUCAAUACAGUUCAUGUUUUGUGUUUUCUUGACAUUUGCAUUGUUCAUUUCACUGCAUGAGUGACUUUUCUUUCAGUUAACUUGAUUCCUCCCCACUUCCCAAUCCAUCCUUUUAAUGGGUUUUUGAUACGCCAGUCUCACUUCACCCUUUCCGUACACUGAAUCAACCUAAUCACACAGAUACCGUGGCUCACUGAUCAAUAUUGCACUGACUGAUGGACAGUUGUAACCAUGGUUUCUGUUCAGAAGUGUAGAGCUGUUUGUUACCUCAGAACACUGGGGAUCAUUUACUGAAGAGGUCGGCCAUUUUCACCUGUCAGCAUACAGUACCUUACUGGUCCUUCAAUCGGCACAGCAAAUGGAACAGCUCGUUAUCCUGUCAAUUUCCAUGGAGGAAGAAUCAAACAACUGAUUGCAGAGGAUGCGGAAGGAUGCACAACGUAAAGUCAAGGCAGGGAGGAGCGAUGCCCGGCUAGACAACACACAGCCAACCACGCACAUCUAGCUGCUAGCUCAGAGCGACCCCACCCCGUCAGCAACACCGCUUCACUCCUAUAUAUCCUUGGCUUAGCAACCCUUCCCCUGUGUUACAGUAGUGCAGCACUGAGCCAAUGGGGGAGUCCCAGUAGAUUCAACCAAGCCUGGCCCAUGUUUGGCACUCCUUUCACUGGGUGGCCCUUCAGGUGACAACUGCCAGAGACUGUUACAAGAUCGCAUUACCGCUGGGCUCCCCUCAGUAGAGGGACAUCACCUGUCUUGACUCCCACUCACUUCAUUCAACCCCCUGUCGCUGCCACUCACCUCAUUCAACCCCCUGUCGCUGCCACUCACCUCAUUCAACCCCCUCUCUCCCACUCAGACCAGUGGGGCAGUAGGGUUUUGGAGAUGAGGGGGGAGUGUAGUCUCUCAGACCAGUGGGGCAGUAGGGUUUUGGAGAUGAGAGGGGAGUGUAGUCUCUCAGACCAGUGGGGCAGUAGGGUUUUGGAGAUGAGGGGGUGUUAAUCAAAGGUUAUUUAAAAACAGUCACAGUGAUCUUAGAUUUGUUCUUGGCCUGUUUAUUUAUUCAAUAACCCUUUUUGAAGAAGAUCUAGGGAUGUUGUCUGGAUUGAAGCAUGGAUGAACUCUUGAGUUGAGAAGCUUAAUUUAACCUUUGUGCCCAUUUAAGCAAGGAGCCAUGAAAUGAUGCCUCCGUAGUGGGAUACAGCACUUAAAACACAAUGUCCUCCCCUCCACUAAUGUAGGCGCUGCAAAAAGACUCCUUUCCUAUUCACACAAAGUAGUCACUAUACAAUGUAUAGAAAAGGCUUCAUAUGGUGUGUGAGCUGGAGUCGUUGAGUGAAGCUAAACCAGUCAUUUAAAGUGAAAGAUGUAUAUUUAUUUUUUCUAUUUUCAGGGAGGGGUACUUGCGCUAUACAAACGAGGCUUGUUGACAGUCUGCCCUGUAAGAAACAAUGUGGAAUGUUCCAGAAGUCAACAUACUGCUGGCCAGAACAUUAUCACGAUUGUCAGGUAGCUUCUUUUUUAUUUCUGUUCAGUAUUGAAGUACAUAUAUACACCUGGAAUUCACUAACUUGAACCUGCUAGCUUGGUGGUGUAACCCCUUGUAAAGGACUAGGACAGUUAACAUAUUAGUCUCAUUGUGUUGCUAGUUUCUGUAAAGGACUAGGACAGUUAACAUUUUAGUUUCUUGUCCACAAGUGUCAUGGUUCAUAAAUGGAAUGGUGUUGCGACCUGUAUAUCUGAAUGUGACAGUGUUGAGAUGUCCUGUACAACUAAUAUCUAAUAGAAAUUUAGACCGCUGUGACGUUGUAUGACGCAUCAGUGGAUUGUCAUUUCUACAUGUCCCAAGUAGGUGGAGUAAGAAUGGCGUUCCACUAUAUUGGAGGAAGAGACUUGUGCAUUGCUCCAAAGGACAGGGAUUUAGACUUGGUUGAAUGAGAAUCGUAUUGCCUUGGGGGUAUUAUAAAGCCACACAAGCAAGUACUUUCUAUCCAGCAAAUGAAAGGAAAAAGCUCUUGAUUUUGUGUUAUUUUUGGAGGACAUCCUUUCUUUGUUGGCGACUCUUUGAGUUGUGUUUUUGUUCUCCAGAAUGGCAGUUGCUUCAGUUGUCUCAAUUGGUGCUUAUGAAAACAUCCUUUAUCCCUUGGGAACAAAGACACUCUUUCUGACGUCUUAAAUUAUCAGAUCAUGUCUUGUCUCCCUCACCUUCCUCACGGGCCCUCUCGUGUCACUCAAAACCCUCAAAGUAUCAGUCACUGGUACUUGCAAGGAUGUUUACAAUGGUUUUCAUUUCUAUGGUUGAGCCCUGUCUCCUGUGGUCUCACCCCUUCCCUCCCUCUUCUCCUUCAUCCUCCCCUUCAGGAGUUUAUGUAAAGUGUGCAUUACCACCACGGUUCUUUUUUUAUACAAUACUGUAAACUUGCCUUUGUACAUUUGGGCGAAAAAUAAAUCUUUUUAUGAGACAAUCA